AUGGCGUCAGAUAAAUCAGUGAUUACUUGGAUAUUUAUUUCCGUACUUGUGGAUUUAUUGGGAUUUACGGUUAUUUUGCCGCUUUUUCCUGCUUUAUUGGAUUACUAUGCAAAGUCUGAAAACGACCAACUCUACAACACGGUUCUCAGCUGGGUCGAGUCUUUCAGAAGUCUUCUUAGAAUUCCAGUAGAGGAGCCUGUUACUUCAGUUUUGUUUGGGGGUCUUCUGGGAGCGCUAUUUUCAUUUUUGCAGUAUGUUAAUGCGCCUUUACUUGGCGCAUUAUCAGACAAAUAUGGACGAAAACGAAUCAUCAUCCUCUCACUCUUCGGCUCAUCUUUCGCCUGUUGGAUGUGGUCAGGAGCAAACACUUUCGCCUGCUUCGUUGCUGCACGAAUCGUCGCUGGCAUCUCAGAAGGCAACAUCUCCAUCUGCAUGGCCGCUUUGGCAGAUCUUGAGGACAAGAAAGCCAAGAGUCGAGGAAUGGCGAUGGUCGGUGUCGCCUAUUCGAUUGGCUUCACUGUCGGCCCAUUUGUUGGCGCGUACAUGUCCAGCUUGCUCAAGGCCGAUCAAGAAUUCUUCGCGAUUCCGGCGUAUUUUGCCCUUGCGAUGUGCCUGCUAGACAUCGUCAUCGUCUACUUGUUCCUUCCAGAAACACUGCCGGAAGAAAAACGAGCGUCUUCGCUUUAUCUCAGCUGGCGAGAAGGACUUGAUCUUAUCAAUCCAAAGAAGAUGUUUGCAUUCCGAGCGGUAGAAAUGAGCUCGCACGAUAGAUGUUGUGUUUCAAUUAUUGGACUGGCAUACUUUCUUUACCUUUUCUUUUUCUCAGGACUUGAAUUCACCCUCACCUUUUUAACCCACAACCGAUUCGGCUUCACCCGCAUGGAUCAAGGAAAGAUGUUUGCCGUUCUCGGAGUCAUUAUGACCCUCGUCCAAGGUGGAUAUAUUCGCCGCGCCAUGAUCGGCCGUGAAAUCGCAAUCGCCAAAAGAUCGAUUUGCGUGUUGAUCGUUGGUUUUGUCGUGAUCGGUUUUGCAACGGAAGCUUGGGUUCUUUACGCUGGUUUGGUGCCGUUUGCGUAUGCAGCAGCUUCGGUCGUGCCCUGCCUUUCUUCAGCUGUGUCCAAUUAUGGCGGCAUUUCGGAGAAAGGUCGAGUUAUGGGAACCCUUCGAUCUCUAGGAGCCCUUGCUCGAGCAACUGGACCAUGUUUCGCUUCAGUUCUCUACUGGCUCCUGGGAUCAAGAUUUGCCUAUGUUCUUGGAGGAUUACUUUUGUUACUACCGCUGAAAGUGCUGAAGAUUCUGAACAAGGUGCUAGCUAAACAUGCCAAAGAAAAUUAA